ACUGAACGAGCUCCCACGGCAAGAUCCUCAGUGGAGCAGCCCUUCGCAUUUAUGGUUUGUCUCUGUCACAUCCUCAAAUCUUAUUGAGGUGAACCUCGUCGCUUCAACUAUCCGGUCUUACCAUAGACCCAUGAGUUGACCGAGAACGAAAAGGGUCAGGACCCAAAGUCCAGGUAUUUGAAGAUGGCAAACCUGCCCUUGUUUCUUGCGUCAAGCUAUUAACGCUCCAGAACCACUCGGCAUUUCAUCAAAUUUCGUGCCGCAACCCAUUCCACGAAAUGAAACUUCCCUCCAUUAUCUUUGCCGCGGCCGCGGCGCUCUUAGUACCGAGCUCUUUAGCUCUGAGCCCCACCAACUGCAACACCGCGGACAAGUCGCGCACCGGCUCCGACUUUGUCCUCGUUGAGCAGCCGGAUAACCCGAACGUGGCAUCGCUGUCCAAGAAGCUGAAGAAGGUUUCCGUUGCCGACGUCUUCAAGGAUGGCAACCACAAGAUGACGACCGACAGCGCAGGCCGCAAGCUCUGGGAGAAAAGGACGGGCUUCAACGACAUGGACACGGAAAAGUGGGUGCCGCAGGGUAUCUCUUCCACCGCUGAUGCCAACGAGGGUGGUACUGUCGGUGGGAAGGAUGGCUGGAUCGUCAGCUGGCAUCGCAAGGACGACAAGAGCGUGCGGGUGACUUUUGUUGACCGAGCCAACGACAAGUACCGCCACGCCCUUCUUGUCUAUCCUCACGCAGCCGAUAACUUCCGCGAGGUCCCUAUUCACGCGGGUGGCAUCAUGUGGUAUGGUGACAAGUUGUGGGUGGUAGAUACCAGGAACGGCAUUCGUGUUUUCGAUAUGGCGAACAUCUGGGAGGUCGGGUCUGGUGACGCCGUGGGCAAGACUGGAAGCAAGUACUCGGCGGCGGGAUACAAAUAUGUUAUUCCCCAAAUCAGAUGGUACAAAUGGUCCUCGUCCUUCCCCUUCCGCUUUUCCUACAUGGCAUUGGACCGCACUCAAGAGCAGCACACGAUUCUUGUGGGCGAGUACCAGCCCAACACAACGGUGCCAGUGCGCAUGACCAAGUACGCCCUCGACGAAUCGACCGGUCGCCUCAAGAUGAGCGGCAAGACGGCCAAGGCAACAUGGGCCUACUGCGUUGGUAUCGAGCGUAUGCAGGGCGCCGUGUCGGCGAAUGGAAAGGUAUACAUCUCACGGAGCAACGGCAAGAGUAAGGGCGACAUGUGGGGUUGGGUACCGGGCAAGGCUGCCCAUAAGAAUGCCGGCUUCUUCCCGCAGAGCCCGGAGGAUCUGAGCUACGAUAAGCGGAGGAAUGGCCGGGUUUACGGUUUGACUGAAGCCAAGGGAAAGAGGUAUAUCAUCGACUCUGCGGCCAAGAAGGUCAAGUUCUCUUGACGUGGCCUAGUUACAGAGUUGCCAUAGUUCCAUUCCUGUAUGCAAUUCUUCGUUCGGUCAUUUAUAAAUGUAGAGUCAGCGGGCUGUAAUAACGCCAGCAUGUGUAUAGGAGCGCAGGCUAUGCCGUUAACAGACCCCCAAAACAUUAGCAUUGCGG